GGUCUUCUUUCUGGAAGGUUUCUCCAGUCAAAGGAAGAAAAAUACUAAAAGGAUGGACUCCUGAUGAGGAAGACAGAAGUGAACAGCGGACCUCACCAUGGAACAGACAGGAGACGACAUCCCUCCCACAUCAGCUAUCUUGCUGGACCCGGAUCAUUGUAAUUUCUCUCAGGUCGUCUUUAACGAUGUGGAGAAGUUCUACGUGCCUGGAGGAGACAUCAUAUGUAAUUAUACCUUCACCCAACACUUCAUUCCCCGCCGAAAGGACUGGAUUGGCAUCUUUAGAGUGGGGUGGAAGACCACCCGGGAGUAUUACACCUUCAUGUGGGCUACUUUGCCCAGGGACCUGAACACAGAGUCAGCCACACAGCAAAAAGUCCAGUUCAAAGCUUACUACCUGCCUAAGGAUGAUGAGUAUUAUCAGUUCUGCUACGUGGAUGAGGAUGGUGUGGUCCGGGCAGCAAGCGUUCCUUUCCAGUUCCGUCCAGAAAGUGAGGAUGACAUCCUGGUGGUUACCACUGAGGCAAAGGUGGAAGAAAUUGAGGAGCGCAAUAAGGAACUCUGCAGAGAAAACCAGGACCUGAAGGAUAGCUGUGCCAGCCUCCAGAAGCAGAGCUCAGACAUGCAGGCUGAGCUCCAAAGGAAGCAGGAGGAGCUGGAAUCUCUACAGAGGAUCAAUAACACAUUGGAACAGCAAAUGAAGGAGCAGAAAGCCUGUUGGGAGACUGAGCUUCAUCAAGUGAAAGAACACAACCAGAAGAUAUCCUCAGAACAUGAGAAGAUGAGAAUCAGACUAGAUCAGCUUCAGACCCAGCUGUCAGCUGAAGAGAAAGAAAUGAAGAGGCUUGUUCUGGAAGAUCAAAACAAGGCAGAGCAGUUGCAACGUCUAACAAAGGAAAACGACCAGCUGUCUCUCAGUUUAACAGAACAGAGCGCGCGCCAGGAGAAGCUGCAGCAAGCCCUGGAGGAGACGAAGCAGAGGGACGCCGCUGCCGCGAAGCAGCACCAGGAGUUAACGGAUGAGAUCUUUGAGCUGUCGAGAAGACUCGAUGAUAACAAGGUUAAAUGUGAUGUUCUGCAGAAAGAUAAAGAGAGACUUGAACAAGAAAAUAAUCGCUUGAAGAGGGAGAACAGCAGAAUGCUGAAAUACAUGGGUCUUGAUGGUGACUCUUUGCUGUAUCAAAUGCCGUCUUCAGAUCAUGGAGAUGCUGGACCAAAUCCAGGCCUUGUCUAUGGAAACCCAUAUUCUGGUAUCCAAGAAAGUUCUGCUCCCAGCCCUCUUUCCAAACCGAAAUACCUUACCUGCCAAUCCAGCUGCGGGGAUGGAAUCUGCGGUCAAGCCUCGGAGCAGGAGCAAAUGCAGAGCCUUUAUGUGAACUGUCCGGUUUGCAACAAGGUCUUCCUAGCAAGAGAGAAGCAGAUAUUUGACGACCAUGUGUUCUGCCACUCCCUCUAACUGCCUGCGGCAGCCCGGCGCCUCUAUGCCACCCGCAGAUCUCGUAGAGGAACCUGUAUUUUUGACUGAGCUGUAUGAGUAGAGAUCCUGCCUGACUAGAAAUGAUUGAGGGUUUCUGUAAGGCAGAGUCAUGUGCAUUAUCUGCAGAUGGUAGGUGACCAGCUGAGACAUAACUCUGGCUUAUCAGCCUCUCAGCUACAGUGCCCUUUCUUCCUCGGGAGUCCACUAUAAGGGUCCCAGGAUGGAACGGACCUGCUACUUACAAGCCUGACUCGAUUCUAAACUAUUCUAUUCUAAGCUAAGCCUCCAAGUUGCCCCACUGCAUUCAAGGUCAAGGCUUGAGUGCAUUAGUACUCAGUCCUCAGUCCUAACCCUGAGGGCAGAGACUGACCCAGGGUCCUUCAGUUCUGUAGUUCUUUCUUCAACCAAUCACACAGAAUGUCAUAGCAGAUUGCUCACACAUCAGACCUGAAUACCAGAGGUGACUUUCUCAGCUCCGAGAAAAAAACAUCUUUUCCCUGACCAUGGUCAGGAAAUAUUUCAGUAACAGAAAGCCUUCUGUGCAGCAGGCUGUGCUGAUGCACUCCAGUAAUCCAGCAGUGGGGAGACUGAGGCAGGAGAACUGCAAGUUCAGAGCUGGGCUAUGUAGGAAAACUUGGUCUCAAGAAAAAAAAAAAAAAAAAACUUUCUAUCUGGAUACCUCUGAAUGACAUUUUAUGUUCUUUCCUACGUAUAUGACAUUUAUUGUUAUUAGUCUUUUUUUUGAGACAGUGUCUCACUCGGUAGUCCAGGCUGGCCUAUUUAGCUCCAAAUGACCGUGAACAAUCAGCAGCCACCCAGUGUAAGUCUCCCUGCUGAGUGCGGAGCGCUGAGGUUGCAGGCCUGGGCCACCAUGCCUGAUUUGUAAGUCAUUUCUUAUGAUUGGGAGUUGUUGCAAACUAUAUGGGUUUGAACAAUUGAGUUUGUGUGGAUGUCUGAAUAACAGGAUGGCUAUGGUUAAUCUCUUUAAAUUAAAAAUAAAUUACUCUUCUUUCAGGGACUUGAUAAGUUAAGAAAACUUUCAGGUUAUGAUCUUUAAAGAUGAAACAAAAGAUUAUGGAAAGGGAAAUCACCCCCAUUUGAAGGUGCCAUUCUUAAGUCAAGAAUUUAGUGUCUUGAGCUAGAGAGAUGGCUUAGUGGUUAAGCACUUGUCUGUGAAGCCUAAGGACCCCGGAUCGAGGCUCGAUUCCCCAGGACCCACGUUAGCCAGAUGCACAAGGGGGCGCACGCAUCUGGAGUUAGUUUGCAGUGGCUGGAGGUCCCAGCGCGCCCAUUUUUUCUCUCUCUCUCUCUGUCUGUCACUCUCAAAUAAAUAAAUUAAAAUAAACAAAAAUAAUUUCUUAAAAAGAAUUUAGUGUCUAAAAGUUCACUUUGAGGAAAUAAUGUGUAACAUAAUUUGAAAUAAAGGCAUUAUAAUAACCUUA